AGAGUGUAGCAGUCGUUGUCUUCUGUGAAGAGUGUGCUGUAUCUAACAGCAUCGUUCCGGUUUCCCACAAAACAGCUUUUUGUGCAGUAAAAUUGAUAUUCAGCUGUCUCUUUGAGCUUUUCUGUGUAUUUCAAAACGUACAAUGCGCCGAGAAGAAAAACGACGCAGGUUCAAUGAAGCCGUUGUCAACAUGCUGUUUCCCCAACCACCGCCUCCUCCACAAGUACUACGGGAAGAGGAGGAGGACGAGGAAAACGAACCGGUGAACAUAUUGCGGGAAGACUUAGAUACGGAUCUUAUUCCAGACGAUUUGGAAGAGAGCGAUUGCUCUGCAUGCGAUGAUCAAGAUGGUGAAUCCGGGCCUCGGAGGAAGCUGAUGAGGGCUCAGAGGAAGAGGCUUCGCAAGAAGAAGCUCAAGGAGGACGCAUCCCGCCGCGGGAAUAUUAUUGGGCCGUUGUUACCUUCAACAAGCGAAAGUGGAGGUGGUGAUGUUGAUACGGAGCCUCCAGAUGUUCGACGGAAUGCCGCAGAGAAGAAAGUUGAUACUUCAGCUGACAACUCAGGAGAGGAGACUGCUUGCGGUAACCAAAACAAACUGAAGCAGAGAAGAAUGGCGAAAAGGCUGGCAAAGGGAUUGAAGCCAUCUAAUCUGCAGAAUUGCAGUCAAAAUCAUCAGCAUUGCGCUGAUGAUGAGGACGUGGGUUCCAAGUGAAAUCGUGUUGCCAUAGCAUAGAUAUAUUGAUUAUUGAUUAUUGAGUUAUUUGAAUAUGAAAAGCAGUUGAAUUGUUGAAAUACUAUGUGCCAACAUAAUGUACGUUUCUCAUAGAACAAGUUAAUAUGUCUAAGAAAU